GCGCGCCGUGACGUCAUCAGCACGCGCCCCCUAUCACUAGGGUCCGUCCGGCACGUGCGUCCGGCGCUACCGCUCUCUUGCCUUGUGGUAACCCUGUUACCACGGUCGCGCCAGGUCGGAGGUCCGCAAGCAGCAGACUUGGCGACAUGUCGAUGCUGGCUGAGCGUCGGCGAAAGCAAAAGUGGGCUGUGGAUCCAAGAAACACUGCAUGGAGUAAUGACGAUUCCAAGUUUGGCCAGAGGAUGCUAGAGAAGAUGGGGUGGUCUAAAGGAAAGGGCUUGGGGGCUCAGGAGCAAGGAGCCACAGAACAUAUUAAAGUUCAAGUUAAAAAUAACCACCUUGGACUUGGAGCCGCCAUCAAUAAUGAAGACAACUGGAUUGCUCAUCAGGAUGAUUUUAACCAGCUUCUGGCUGAGCUGAACACUUGCCAUGGGCAGGAAACCACAGAUUCCCCAGACAACAAGGAAAAGAAAUCUUUCGGCCUUGAGGAAAAGUCCAAAGUCUCGAAAAACAGAGUUCAUUACAUGAAAUUCACAAAAGGGAAGGACCUGUCAUCUCGGAGCAAAACAGAUCUUGACUGCAUUUUUGGGAAAAGGCAAAGCAGGAAGACUUGUGAGGACAAGUGCAGCCCUGCCACUGAGGACAGGAGUGAGACCACCGCCACGACUACCAGCACCUACACCAUCCAGGAGUACUUUGCCCAGCGGAUGGCCCAGCUAAGGAGCAAGCCACAGCACCCUACUGCUGAGCCUGGCCUUUCAGAGACCCACAUGGGAUGGAAAAAGGGAAAGAAAAAAACCAGACACGCAGCAGAUCAAGACUUGGAGAAUUACCCCCAAACCAAAGCCAGGCGGCCUAAAAAGAAAGAGCGGGAAGAAGAAAAGAGCCAGUUACCUAUGGCAAAGAAGGACGACUGGGCCAAGUGGCAGUCCAUAGACACCUGCAGGGAUGAGGCCUCUGAGGACUGUGUCCAGGCCCCUGGUGAGCAGGAGUGUUCCCCAAAGCCCAAAAAGAGCAGAGCAAAGACAAAGCUGCCUCAGCCAGUAGAAAUAGCUGUUGAUGCUGCACCAGAUGCAGCUGCUAUGAAAAAGAAGAAGAAGAAGAAGAAAGCUUCCAGGUGAGUUCUCUCCAGCCAGGACCUCCAACCACCAUGCUGUCGGUGCCAUCAGGCAGACUCUGGCCUGAAGUCAGAGCAGAGUUAACCCACAGAACUGGGCGCAGCCUCCAACGUGCCAGCAGGUGCCACAACUGCCCUCACACCCCAUGCCCCGCAUCACCUUGCGGAGAGCGGUUUCUGCUGCCCCGGAUCAUGGCUCUCAUCAGCAAAUAAAUCUUUCUAAACUGA